AGAAAAUUAAAAAGAAGAAAUGUGUUCUUUUUGAGGGUUGGAUGAACUUUUAUAGGGGGUAUUACUCUUUUUUAGUUAUGGAAGAGUGAAAAGAGAGAAAUGACAAGGAGAUCAAGCCCCCAAAAAUGGUUUUAGUUGUUGGAUCAACCUAACUUUAUGUUAAACUAAAUUAAAAAAUACAAAAAAAAAGAACAAUAUUAGGUCUCUAAAAUUGAAUUAAAAACACUAUUAUGUUGAAGUAAUUAAUUAUUGAAAAAUAAAGGAUGAAAAAAAGAGAAGAUCUGAAUAAUCAUGAUGAAGCUUAUUAAUUUUACUGAUAUACCCGACAAGAGCUGUUGUGUCAAAACACCUCUCAUCUACUUAUAACUUCUCACUGUGUCAUUGAAAAGAAAGGUGUCCAGCCCUGCACAACUCCAAGCUAGCACACUUUGCAUUGAGGUCUUUCUUGUCAAUAUAUAGAGAGACAGCCUAAGACUUUCAAACCCAACGAAAAGAAAAUAUAAAAAUGGAAAGAGAGAGAUAUGAAGAAGCAGUAGAGUGGUGUAAAAGUAGCCUCUCAUUUUCACACGUGCGACUGAUGUAGGAUUUCUUGUCAAAGAGAAGAGAAAUAAGGACAACUACUAAUAUUUAAUACUGAAUAAUGGAGGAUCAAACUUGUUCAAAUUAAAAAAAAAAAAGCCAUCCUUAACGUCAGUCAGGGUUGUUAACUACUUAAAAGCAUACUCUCUCUUUCUCUCCCUCUUAUGGAGUCAGAGACUUAUACACUACAAAGGCUCUGAGUUUUCUGAGCACUAUUGUUAAUUUCCUGUUUUUCUAGCUUUUCUUACUUCAUCACAUCUCUUACCUCUUCCUUUCUUUCUUUCUUUAUUUAUUUAUUUUUGGAUAAUAAUGCAUUAUUUUCACCAUCUCUUUUUUCCGGCUAUAUGAGAAGAUGACUUGGAAACAGUAGUGCCAUAUUUAUCAUCCGUGGAUAGUGUCAGAGGAAGAAAUGAAGGCAUGGCCAACCAUCGUGUUAUUUAUAGUAGAGAAGAAAACCAAAACGGUAGUAGUGGUAGUAGCAGUAGUAGUGGUACCCUCAGUUGUUACUCUUCUUCAGUGCGAAUGGUUUAUGCAGAUAUGGGAUCUCUCUCUCUUACUCCCAACCUGGGAGUAGUUUCUUCUUCUACUUCUUCCCACGAUAGCUAUAACAUGUCCAAGUGUUCUGAAGUGGAAAAUAAUAAUAAUAAUCAUAAUAAUAAUGGAAGAGCUUUUUGGGGUUUCCCUUUAAUGGAUGGUAGCAAAGGGUGUGAUGUCCGUAAUAGCAUCAACUUAUUAGAAGAUGAAAAUCUGAGUGAGAAUGUGACUGAGAAGGAGACUCAUGAUAGUAAUGGCCAGUCAAAACUCUGUACCAGAGGCCAUUGGAGACCUGCUGAAGAUGCCAAGCUUAAGGAGCUUGUUGCUCUUUAUGGCCCUCAGAACUGGAAUCUAAUAGCAGAGAAGUUAGAAGGAAGAUCAGGUAAGAGUUGCAGGCUAAGAUGGUUUAACCAGUUGGAUCCAAGGAUUAAUAGAAGAGCAUUUACUGAGGAGGAAGAGGAGAGGCUAAUGCAAGCUCAUAGAAUCUAUGGGAACAAGUGGGCCAUGAUCGCCAGACUUUUUCCUGGAAGAACUGAUAAUGCAGUGAAAAACCAUUGGCAUGUGAUAAUGGCAAGGAAGUAUAGAGAACAAUCCAGUGCUUACAGGAGGAGGAAGCUGAGCCAAAGUAUUUACAGAAGAAUAGAGGAGAACUCCAACUUUGUUGUCUGUGGAGAAGCAAUCCCGAGAUCAGAUCAACAACCAUUAUCUUACUGCACUAGUCUUCACAAUAAUAAUAAUAAUAAUAAUCUCACCAAUGGUGGAUUUGGGAAUCUGUCUAUUUACCCUUUUGGAGCUUUUCAUGGUAAUAAUGUUAGCAGCAGUAGUGGUGGUGUUGGUGGGGUUUCUUAUGGCCUGACUUGCUCACCUCAAAUGACCAUUUGUGGAGAAGCAUUAAUGUCCAACACAAAUGUUCAUUCUCCUAAUUAUGGUGGAUUCUGCCCCCAAGACACUCCUUUUGAAUUCUUCCCUGGCGCUAAACAUACAAGUUGGGAGCACAUGAGGUCUAAGAUUGACGAAACACUAACACGAACCGGUGGCCUUCAUCAUCAUAACUCAAACUACCAAAACAUGCAUCAUGAGAGCUUCUCCAACUCAACGGCUUCAACUUCCCAAGUCUCAGUUGGUGAUCAGCGCUCAUCCUCAAGCACCGCUGAGCAAAACGCCACCAGUCAUUUUCAGAAGAUUAGUAUUAGUCCACCGUCGUUUAUAGAUUUUCUUGGGGUAGGAGCCACAUGACAGUAUCCCAACUUGGAGACCCAGAAUGAAAAAAAAAACAAGACCUGAGAAAAAGUGUUUAACUUCCACAUAUUAAUCAUCAAAAGGGCCUCAAUGUGGUUGUGGUCCAACAAAACUAAGGAACCAUUAGGGGUAAAGAAAAAGUGUUUGUUAAUGUUUUAGUUUUUCCAGGACCUAAAAAAAACUACUUCAAACAACAACAACCUACCUUUCACCUAUCAUGACCCCCCUUGCAAUCUUUUAUUUUCUUUUUCUUUUGUAAGUUCCCAUAUCACAUGAGAUUCUGUCGAAAAAGGUGAACAAAUAAAUCAGUUAUAAUUUAAAGUAUAUGUUUUUUUUU